AUGGCCGGCGCCGCCGGCGACAGAUCGGAGGACGUCGGCGCCGACUGGCCGUUCGGUGGCGCCGCCGACGCCUUCACGGAGUACUCGUCCGUUUUCGCGGAGCUCGGCUGGCCGGGCGGCCUGCUAGCCGGCGGGGAGCUCCCGGUGCUGGAUCUGCCCGAGGCAGCAGCACCGCUGCCAUCGCAGCUGUCCAUGGAGCGGUCGGAGGACCCGGCACCCGCUCGGUCGGGCGACGCCGGCGCGUCGUCGAGCUCGAGCGGGGACGGCGACGGCGACGGCGCCGCGCCGGGGAACGACGACGACGAUCGGAAGGCGGCGCCGGCCGCCGAGGCAGCGGGUAGGAAGCCGGCGGCGGCGACGGCGACGGCGAAGAAGGGGCAGAAGCGGCCGCGGCAGCCGCGGUUCGCGUUCAUGACAAAGAGCGAGAUCGAUCACCUCGAGGACGGCUACAGAUGGAGGAAGUAUGGCCAGAAAGCUGUCAAGAACAGCCCUUUCCCAAGGAGUUACUACAGAUGCACCAACAGCAAAUGCACGGUGAAGAAGCGCGUGGAGCGGUCCUCCAACGAUCCCUCCGUGGUCAUCACCACCUACGAGGGCCAGCACUGCCACCACAUUGGUCCAUUCCAUCGCGGCAGCGGCGGAGGCGGCGGCGGCGCAGCCGCGGCGCGCUACCACAGCGCGGCGGCGGUUGCGCUUGCGGAGCAAAUGUCUUCUACGUCGUCGUCGUUCAUCCCAGCGCGGCACCUCUACAGCUUGCCGCCGUUGCACCCACAGAGCUCCCUGUCCUCAGAGACCGUCGUCAGCUCGGCGACGACUACGACAUCUUUUCAGCAUGUUAACGACGGCGACGAGCUGCGGCGGGCUAGCUACAGCUCGAUGGUGUCCAUGGCGCAGUCGCCGUCAAUACCAUCAUCAGUGCCUCCGGCUGCCAUUUCAGUUGAGAAGGCGGGGCUACUGGACGAUAUGGUGCCCCAUGGUGUAAGGCAUGGAACGCCAUGA